CUUCAAUCCUAAAGUUUUGAAAACUUCUCGAUUGAAAUUGAAGAGGCAGCAUCUCAGAAGUGUCGGCAACCGGCCAUUCGAGAGGAUUGUUAAAUCAUCAUUUAUUUGAAACGCUUAAGCUAAUAUGAAAUGGGAUAUUCUAGAUGAUUAUACCAUCAAGUUGGGAAAAGUAACUGAAGUAGUCCUUAAGGGCAUGGCAAGGUCACUGAACUUAGAGGAUGACUGCUUUUUGGAGCAAUAUGGAAAACGAGCAAAAAUGACUGCAAAAUUCAACUACUAUCCAAAAUGUCCAAGGCCAGAUCUUGUUCUUGGGAUCAAACCACAUGCAGAUGGAUCAGGAAUCACUAUUCUCUUGCAAGACAAAGAAGUGGAAGGCCUUCAGUUCCAGAAAGACAAUCAGUGGUUUAAAGUUCCAAUCAUUCCUGAGGCCCUUCUCAUUAAUGUUGGUGAUCAAGCAGAGAUAAUGAGUAACGGAAUAUUCAAGAGCCCAGUACACAGAGUGGUGACAAACUCAGAAAGGGAGAGGAUUUCUUUGGCUGUGUUCUGCAUUCCAGAACCAGAAAAUGAGAUUGAACCGGUUGAUGGGCUAGUGAAUGAGUCAAGCCCAAGAUUAUACAGGAAGAUGAAAAAUUAUGCUGCUAUCUAUUUCCAGUACUACCAGCAAGGGAAGAGACCAAUUGAUGCAGCUAAGAUUUAGUUUGUGUUGUCCUAAUUUCUUGUGUUUUGUACCUAAAGAUGAUUGCAUUGGAUUUUAAUGGACAUAAUAAUGGCAACAGCUUGAUGGCAGUUGAUCUGAGGAAACGUGACCAAAUCCUUGAGCAUCUGUGGAAAAUGUUGAGGAAGAUUUUUUGUUUGUUUCUUUUUCGUUUCUCUUUUAUCUUUGUAUACAGGUUAGUUUUUGUAUUUCCAACAAUUAUGGUACCAAAAAUAAGAAGAAUUUAUUCAUUCG